AAAUCCAGUCGCGGUGCCAUUCACCGAGCAGUUGUGCACCUCUUCGCGACUCGCCCGUUUGGUAUUUCACUUUCGCUUACCAUCGGCUCAACUCCGCAGAACCAUCGCGGCAGAGUUACAAGUGUUUUCGAGAAGUAAAGAAACUUGAUUAAAAAAAGUUAUCGAUUUCGCGGCGACAUUUAAAAAAGUUCGGGUAGGAUAAUGGGGUUAUUUUAGAAGUUUUUAUUUUGGGUGCUGGUUUUGUGUGCUGGUGCGAAUGGCAGGAAGAACAGCAGGAUACGAAUAGUGUCGAGGUUGGAGGGCUGAGCGAUGGAUAUCGUUGAAGAAGAUCAAAAGCGACGAGAUAAGCAACGGAUGCAAACAGUGGCGUAGCGAUGCCUUGUCAUACCAGAAUGAAAUCCAUUUUUCUAAGAGUUGUGUUGUGGCUGUAUCUACUAGAACUUGGAUUCAUGUUCGUGUCACCUGAACCCGGUUAUUUGGACUUUGAUAAUCUCCCUGAUACAAAUUUUUCAUGUGCUUGGAGGAUUGUAGGCGGUUAUUAUGCAGAUGUGGAAGCCGCAUGCCAAAUGUUUCACGUUUGUACGCUCGGACAAAACAACGAGACGAUGGAUAUCCGCUUCCUGUGCUUAAACGGGACUGUAUUCGAUCAGUCAACGAGGGUCUGUGAAAGAAUAGAUGAAGUGGAUUGUGAAAAAUCAGAACAAUACUACGAUCACAAUCGUGAAUUAUACGGAAAUAGCGCACCUUUAGUAAUUCCAGGCGAUGAUUUGGGUCCAGCUCCUCCAACAACAACGACGACAACAACAACGACAACUUCGCGCCCUAAAUAUUAUUCAACACCAACUCCGAGACAUGCAAACACCCCUCAUUAUUAUACGACGGCUAAAUCGAAACCGACUCAUCAAAAACUAGCUCUUCAUCAUCAUCAGUUUUCGUCGGAUUCUCCUCCCGAUUUUAGAUUUAAUCCUAAAGAAAUUAAUUUGAAACUUAAUUCGGACGCUUCGUUGGAUAUUAAGCCGGUUUCGUAUCAACAGCAACGAUUUAACGAUGACAAAAAUCAACAUACAAUUGUAACAACGCAUUCUUAUAACAUUAAAAACGAUGAGAAACUUAAAAAAAAUGUUGAGUUAAGUUACGAUUUUGAUUAUCAAGAUGAUAAGAAUUAUCCAACUGGAACUGGGCUUGAAGAAGAAUAUGUUGAAGAUUAUAAACAUCAAGAGAGUUCGACCGCAAGAAUUAUUUCAACAUCCCCAAUUCAUCAAGGUUACCAUUUCCAAAGAUCCGAUCGUCCACCGAUAAAUCCUCCUUUAAUUUAUUCUUCUUUAAGUUCCCCCGCACCUUUUGCACACAACACAGGAAAUAAACGACAUUCCGAUCCGAAAAUUAAGAAAAGCGUUUCCGUUAGCAUUUCAGAUCAAAACGGAAAAGAACUCGCAAAAUUAAAUAACACCCCAAUUAGCGCUAUAUUUUCCGAUUCAUACUUAGAUUACAGCGAGGAAGAAGUUACUUUGUUACCACUCUUUGAAGACGUACCCAAAGUAAAAUCGAUUAGAACAAAACGUGAUAUUGAUUAUGAGCUGUUAAAGAAGCGAUCUUAUAACAUAACCGAUAAGGAAGCUGCUGAUAUUCUUCGAUUUUUAUUAAAUUGGUAUUCGGAUUAUGAAAAAACUACGGAAAAAGUUACGAUACCUUUAAAUGGGGAAACUAUUACUGAAAUUAAUAAAGAGUUAUCUGCAGUUAAAGAAGAUUUUAAGGACGAUGUUACCGAGGAAUUAAUUGCUAAAGCUAGUAAUACAGCAGUUGAAUUUGAGAAGUAUUUAGAGGAGGAUUAUCAAGAUUAUCUCAAUAAUGUCAACAAUCAAACGAUGAAAGAUGUUAAUGGAACAACGCCUGAAUAUGAAUAUUAUUAUUAUUACGAAGACGAUGAUAAUGUUACUAAUAUUAGUAAUAGUAAGGAAGUUAACUUGAAUAAUUCAACUCAUGAGUUAAAAGUAACCGAUUCAAAUGAAAUAAAACAAAUUGACGAAAAAGGAAAUGCGGUUGAAAUUCAACUUUAUGAUUACGUUGAUGAUAAUUAUGAACCUAAAACGUUUGAUAAACAAGAUGUUAAACCAAGAAAAAUCGAUGUGAAUGAGUACGUGGAUGACAAUUAUGAGAAAAAUAAAAAUGAAGUUCCUGCUGAAAUGAUAUUAACAACUCCACCAAGUAUUGAAGUUAAUACUAAAGAAUAUUUUGAAGGUACGAAAGAAAAUGAAAUAUUUUCUGUUGAAAUAACCACUCAAUCAAGUACUACUACUACUACUACUAAUAAUAAAGAAGAUAAUAAAGAAGAAGAAGAAUUUCAUCUUUUUGAUAAAAUGAAAGUUGAAACAACAACUCCUACGGUUAUUAUCACCGAAACAACGACAGAUUUAGGUUUUAUGAUUCAUAAUAUUGAGAAGCAUACAAAAAGUGUUGCAACAAAUAUUUUAAUGCCUUCCCAUAAUUAUUCAACUCCUGUCAUUCAUGCUAGAGGUGAAGAAAAUCAUGGAACUAGAUUAGAAGGAAGUGAAAAAUUAGAUGUUUUAACAACUACAAAAGCAAAUCAAAGCAAUCGAGUUAGAGGAAGAGGUAGAAAUAGAUUUGCAACUUCAACGGAAAAAGAAAUACAAAGAUCGUCUAGGAUUAGAGGAAGAAAUCGAUAUGGUGUGGUCUCAACCACUCCUCAAUACGAUAAAGAAAUUUUAACUUCCCCAAUUACACAAUCGACCGAAAAUAUUUUAACUGAGUCAACAACAACAGAAGAUUUUGCAGAAAUAAAUGAAUUCCAAAAUGCAACGAAAUCUAUUUUUAAAGAAAAUGGUAAAAUUGAAGAUCAAAUAGUUCCCGCAGGAAAUAAAGAAGAAAUGAGAAAUUUGACGAAUAGUUCUGAAAUAAUAGAAAAUGUUACGAAAUCAAUUUUAGACGCAGAGGUUAAAGAUGGUAAAGUUGAAGAUCAAAUUGUUCCAACAGGAAUUGAAGGUUUGAAAGAAAUUGAUCAAGAUGAAACUUUAAAAGGUGAUUCAAUGUUUGAUUCAAAAAGUCCUAGAACAAGAUCUUCAAGAAUAAAAAAUAAUAAAACAGAAAUUGAUGAAGCAAAGGAAUUAAAGAACGAUACGGUAUUUGAAGAGAUUGAAGAGAAAGUUGAUGAGGAAUCGGCAACCAUAGAAUCUAUAUCUUCAACUACUAAUAGAGUAGAUGUAGAAUCUUCAACCACAAAAAAAACUAGAACAAGACCAUCAAGAAUAAGAAACAGAUAUACUUUAACUACACCUCUCGAAAAUUUCGCAGAGGAGAUAACAACAAUAACAGAUAUCCCAACAAGUACUGCAAAAAAUGAAAUUUUAACCUCGAAUAAUCUUGAUUUUGAAACAACUUUAAAUCAUGAUGUUAAUACUUUUGAAUCGAUAACAACAGAACCCACAUCAAGAAGAAUUACCACUUCAACAACACCUGUUGAGGAGUUAAUCCAAGAUGUAAUAACAACAACAACAGAGACGCCGAUAAUUACAGAAAACACCGAACGUUUUGAAACAACUUUAAUUGGUGAUACCAAUACCCCGGAAUCAACAACAGAAGAAAUAAUAACAACUCAAAAACUUGAUGAUGAAUUUACGAUAGAACGGGAUAUUUUAGAAACGUUUCGUCCAAAAGAACCAACAACACCAACUCCAAUUACAAGUGAUGUAGUUUCAUCGACCCAAGAAAUUUUAACAACUUUAUUGGAAAAUAAUGAAGAAGUUACAACGAUUUUACCCGAAAUGAAAGAAUCGAAAUCGCUAAGUGAUAUGUUGGGGUAUAGUGUUUAUAAUAAAUUAUCAGAAAAUGAAGAUGAUUCACUUAGAGAACUUGGUUAUUUUACUUUACCAACAAUAACUACAAAAAAUCCCAAUAAACUAAAACUUGAAGAUUUAAGUACUUUUACCACGGAUGAAAACUUAAAUACUUUCACAACUUCUCCGUAUAAAAAACGAAAAAGUAAUCAUCGUUUUAGUGUAAAUAUAAAUACUGAAUUAACUACAAUAACAACAACGACAACAACGACAGAAUCGACAACUAAUGUCCCAAAAACGACUUCUUCGAGGGUUAAAGGAAGACAUCGUUUUAGUGUUAUCCCUGAAAAUUUUACUCAAAAAUUAAAGGAUAAAUCGAAAGACAUCGUUACCGAUCCUUCUUUAAUUCGAAGUGCGAAUCCGACUUUGCCUCGGAGUAAUUUUAAAUCGACUACGCCGAUUAUGCGUGUCGUCAAAGUGAAAAUGAGAAAUUCUAAUAAAUAUACGUUUAAUUGUUUGGAUAAAAAGGUGAAUAAAUUUUAUUCAGAUCCAAGAGACUGUAGAUUGUUCCAUUAUUGUUCCCCUGGUUAUAAUAGUAAUCAGGCGGUCGAUAUGAAAUUUGUUUGCGAUAUGGGAACUUAUUACGAUGAUAUUAAAAGGAUUUGUACUAAGAAAAAACCGAGUAGGUGUGUUUAAUAAUAAAAUUAUGAAUGUGAUAAAGGAAUAAACGAGGGAAGUUUAUUGAAACAUAAAGGGACGAAAUGGACUGUUUAGCGAAAGAGAACAUGUGUAAUAUACUGUACCAUUUUAGCAGGUAGAUUAUGUAUUAAGUAUUACCAAUUUAUUGUUACUAUUGAUUAUAUUUUUGUAUGUAUAAAUAAAAUAAUGCGCUUAGGUUAAUAAUCUAACUUGUAGGUAAAUUAAAUGAAACUAUAAAUGAAUAAAUAUGAUCAUGAAAAUUGA